AUGGCAAACCCUAGGUUGGAACGAAUUCCCAGCAUGAGGGAGUGCGUGCAGGACACUCUCUCUGCUCACCGUAAUGAACUUGUCUCUCUCCUCUCCAGGUAUGUGGAUCAGGGAAAAGGAAUUUUGCAUCCCCAUAAUCUGAUAGAUGAACUGGACAAUAUUAUGUGCGAUGAGGAAGCAAGGCAGAAGCUCAAAGAUGGUCCAUUUAGUGAAGUUCUCAAAACUGCUCUGGAAGCCAUAGUUCUGCCUCCUUUUGUGGCUAUAGCCAUUCGUCCGAGACCUGGAGUUUGGGAAUAUGUCCGUGUUGAUGUCUAUCAACUAAAUGUGGAGGAAUUGACUGUUUCUCAAUAUCUUCGCUUCAAAGAAGAACUUGUUGAUGGCCCGUCUAAUGAUCCUUACGUGCUUGAGCUUGAUUUUGAGCCAUUCAAUGCCACUUUUCCUCGUCCCACACGGUCUUCAUCCAUUGGCAACGGUGUCCAAUUCCUCAACCGACAUCUUUCUUCGAAUAUGUUUCGUAAUAAAGACACUUUGGAACCAUUACUUGAUUUCCUUCGAGCCCACACAUACAAAGGGCAUGCCUUAAUGUUGAAUGAUCGGAUAAAAAACAUAUCCCGGCUUCAGUCUGCUCUUAUUAAGGCAGAAGAGUAUAUUUCAAAGCUCCCAUCUAAUACACCGUUUUCUGAAUUUGAAUAUGCAUUACAGGGAAUGGGUUUUGAGAAAGGGUGGGGUGAUACUGCAGCUCGGGUAGUGGAGAUGAUGCAUCUUCUCUUGGACAUACUCCAAGCUCCUGAUCCCUCAACUUUAGAGACAUUCCUUGGGAGAAUACCAAUGGUAUUCAAUGUAGUCAUUUUUUCUCCACAUGGAUACUUUGGGCAAGCAAAUGUUUUAGGUUUGCCUGACACUGGUGGGCAGGUUGUGUAUAUCCUGGACCAAGUUCGUGCACUAGAGAAUGAAAUGCUUCUUAGAAUACAGAAACAGGGGUUGGACAUUCAGCCUAAGAUUCUAAUUGUGACCAGGUUAAUACCUGAUUCAAAAGGGACUACCUGCAACCAGCGUCUGGAAAGGGUCAGUGGAACAGAACAUACGCAUAUUCUGCGAGUACCAUUUAGAUCAGAGCAUGGAAUUCUCCGUAAAUGGAUCUCAAGGUUUGAUGUAUGGCCAUAUUUGGAGACAUUUGCUGAGGAUGCAGCCAGUGAAAUGGUAGCUGAGUUACAGGGCAUCCCUGAUUUUAUUAUUGGCAACUACAGUGAUGGGAACCUCGUUGCAUCCUUGUUGGCUCACAAGAUGGGUGUUACACAGUGCACUAUUGCCCAUGCCUUGGAGAAAACAAAGUAUCCAGAUUCAGAUAUUUAUUGGAAAAAAUUUGAUGAUAAAUAUCACUUCUCAUGUCAAUUCACUGCUGAUGUAUUAGCCAUGAACAACGCCGAUUUUAUCAUCACAAGUACUUAUCAAGAGAUUGCAGGAACGAAGACUACUGUUGGACAGUAUGAGAGCCACACUGCUUUCACUCUUCCAGGGCUAUAUCGGGUUGUUCAUGGCAUCGAUGUAUUUGAUCCAAAGUUCAAUAUUGUUUCUCCUGGGGCCGAUAUGGCCAUCUACUUCCCAUACUCCGACCAGCAGAAAAGACUUACAGCCCUACAUGGUUCAAUAGAAAAGAUGUUAUAUGAUCCUGAGCCGACUGAUGAGUGGAUUGGUACACUGACCGACAAGUCAAAGCCCAUAAUAUUUUCCAUGGCAAGGCUGGACCAGGUCAAGAACAUGACAGGAUUGGUAGAGUGCUAUGGUAAGAAUGCCAAACUAAGGGGCCUGGUGAACCUUGUCGUGGUGGCUGGUUACAUUGAUGUUAAGAAGUCCAAAGACAGGGAAGAAAUUGAGGAGAUUGAGAAGAUGCAUGAACUAAUGAAGAAAUACAAGUUAGAUGGACAAUUUCGCUGGAUAACAGCUCAAACAAAUCGAGCACGUAAUGGUGAGCUCUAUCGCUACAUAGCAGACACCAAAGGAGCCUUUGUGCAGCCUGCUUUUUAUGAAGCCUUUGGACUCACUGUUGUGGAGGCCAUGACUUGCGGCCUUCCAACGUUUGCCACUUGCCAUGGUGGUCCUGCAGAGAUUAUUGAACAUGGUGUAUCAGGAUUCCAUAUUGAUCCAUAUUAUCCUGAUCAGGCUGCUGCACUUAUGGCAGAUUUCUUUGAAAAGUGUAAGGAGGAUCCAAGCUACUGGAAAAAAAUAUCUGAUGCUGGGCUUCAACGGAUUUAUGAAAGAUAUACAUGGAAGAUAUACUCUGAAAGGCUAAUGACAUUGGCUGGGGUAUAUGGUUUUUGGAAGUACGUUUCCAAACUUGAGAGGCGCGAGACCCGAAGAUAUCUUGAGAUGUUCUACAUUCUCAAGUACCGUCAUUUGGUGAAAACUGUACCUUUGUCAAUAGAGGACCGACAUUAA